CAUGGACAUAACACUCAACUUGUCAAAGAAAAACCAAUGGAGAAGAAGAUGAAAGCUUGUGAGAUGUUUUACAUCUACGCAGAAAUCUUCCAGGCAGACUUCUUCCCCUGGAUAAAGGAGAUAACCUUAGCAGUGGCUCCACUGUUUGAAGGUGGACAGCUUCUAAGAAGAAGAGCUAUAUCGGCAACGUUGCAGCUAUUGCGCUCAGCUGAAGUUGCGGUAGAAAGUGGAAUAGCAACGAAUGAAGACAUGAAGGAUGUCUCUAGGGAGUUGCAUGCUUCUUUGGUUGGCGUAAUGGACAGAGAAGGAGAAGCAAAGUUUGCAGAGAUUCUAAAGGAAGCCACAGAAAGAGCACUAGAGUUUGCUGAGUCUUAGAGGAAAUCAAGUGGUUGAUUGGAGCGCUGGAGUUGCUCUUUUCGUUUAUAUAAACCUCUGAGCUUUAAGUUGGAUUAUAUUUUACCUUUUCUGUUUUAGCAUCUCGGUCCCAAG